AUGGCACGCCGAAAGGAUUUCAAGUCGACUGCCAUCGCAAAGAAACGAAAACACCUUGUGCGUGAGGUGCCCAAGAAGAAUGCGAAACUGACUAAGGCCAGGAAAGUGCCGGCACUUAGUUUCCUUCCCAGCAUUCCUUGCUCCCGUUCCCACUGUCCCUUCCUGCCCUUGUCGCCGUCGCCCUCCACGACGACCAUCCCCCACACGAUGACGCUCUUGACACCUCCCAGCUCAUCCCACAGGAGCGACAGGGACAAGGAAAACAAAUUUCUCCUCCCCAUCGCUGGCCCCUCGACGCGCACCGUGGCCUGGGCCUCCAAGAACUCAUUUCACCUCCUCUCUACCCCUCCUAAACCCCCGCCGCCGUCGAAACAACGGCCAGAGGCGCCGAAAUCUAUCCUGAAGAAGCCGAACCUCAAUGCAUUCUUGUCACUGCCAGUUGACACCGGCAAGGAGCGCGAAGUCACCCCAGAGCCCUCCGACCCUCUCGUGAAUCUCCAUUACCUCAACCACCCUGUAGAGCAAAUUCUCUCAACGACAAACGAAGACGGGAAGGAGCCUUUGGGCAAGCUUAUUGAGGGGUACAACGUUCUUGCUGCUCGCCUUCGGGCGAGUGUCUCAGAUGCAACAGACGCGGACGCAUCUUGGCCACUAUUCCAGCCACUACGCAAGAACGCCCCAGCCCUCGUUAGCGCUAUUGUUCGCGACCUGGGACGCGCUUUGGUCGACCCCCUCGCAGGGGCUCCCGCCUCUGAGGAAGAAUGCCUGCCAAAGUUCACUCUCCCAUCCCCACAAAGCAGUCCAGCGAAGAAGAAAGGUGGAAUGACGGCGGAGCAGGUCAAAUAUGCGCGAGAUCUAUGCACGACUUGUCAUUCAGUCAUUCGACUGCUGAAUGUCGUUCUUUCGCUACCGGCGAUAUACACAGUGUUCCAAGAAAAUGAACUUCGUCAAAUUCUGACUGCAAUUCUCGCUAUUCCACUCGCUGACUCUCUGCCGACGCCUAAUUCGCGAAAGACUUGUGCGCUGGCAAUUGGUCUCAUUCAGGGUCAACGCCUACCAGCCGACGUCUUAAAGCCAGCAGCCGACCGAAUCGCCUACGCCUUACGGAGAGGUCUUGAUGGCGAGCUAGGUAAAGAAGGCAAGAAAGGUUCUGCCAACGAUGGAUUGAGGGCCAUCCAUGACCUUUGCAUGUACCUCCCUGGUGUUUUCCUUCCCGCUUUUAUACCCCUCCUUCCCUCGAUCCUCUCCAACCUCCUUGCUCCAACCCUCGUUCUGCGGACGCAAGCAUGUCAUGCCCUAGGUGGCUUCGUGCUAGCAGCUACCUCCAUCCCGCUCUCCUCUGCGCAUACAAAAAUCUCCAGCACGAUCGCCGCACACAUCACUGCUCUCCCUACGCCGAAGAAGGCAUCUGACUCGCCGACAAAGCAGACUGAAUGCCAGAUUGUCCGAACGUUAAGAACGACCAUGUCCAAUGCUGAUCCCGCGCAUGUCGCGCAAGGUCCUGUCUGGGCCAUAUGCGUCCUCGCGAGCUUCGUCGUCCUGCUCGGCUCCAGGGUCUGCAACGACGGCAGGGUCAACCGCAUCGUCUCCUCCCUCCUCGGCCUCGGUAUGCGGAGCAAGAAGAGCUCAGUGCGUGCACUGACGUGCCUGGCAUGGCGGACCAUGACUUGGGCAUACUUCCAGCCUCCACUGCCUGUCGACUCAGACGAAGAGUCAGAGGUGGACGACGACGAGCGGACCAAGUCUAAGAACGCGAGGCAGGUGCACUGCAAAGUGAUGACCUCGAUCGUCGACUGCCAUGCGGGCAUCGCAAGUAUCGCAGCCCUCCUAGGGGACGAGUCCUCUGUCGGCGACGAACCUCUCCGCCUUUCCUUGUCCAUCCUCCAGCAAAUGACUGCCAAGGCAGGUAGCACAUGCCUUGAAGCGAUGGACGCGAUGGGGCAUAUGGUCAGCCGCCCGCAUGCGGACCAGUAUGAAAUGGAGGAAGGCUGGGACAAGAACCUCCUCAUUCCAAAAGGCCUCUUCGACGCGGUCCCUGGACUGCUCACGACGGAGUUCAAAAACUUGAGCGGUGCCGUUCGCCCGAUAUUCGACAACGGAGUGAUCGUGAACGAUAUUCGUUGCCUUACGAGGGAGGAGAUGUCGAAGAAAUGGGUGUUCAAUGGGAUGGUUGGUGCUUGGAGGACCGCGCUUGGUGCAUUGGAGAUGUGGGACGACGCCGAGGUGCCAGAGAACAUCGUCGACGUGUGGUCUGGGCUCCUCAGAGCGAACGUUGCCCAUCUUCAAGACCGCGACGACGACACAGGCAUCUCAGCCUUCGCCUCCUUGGCCAUUAAGCACGUCAAUGAAAUUCUCGAAAAUCCCGAACUCAACUUCCGCCCCAAGAAAUCCCAAACACCCUCCAAAUCCGACGCCAUCCCCGACUCAGACGACACCAUUCUAGACCUCGACGCCGACGCAACCUGCUCGAAUGGCGAGCUCCGCCUGCGUGUCGUAGAGAGCCUUUGGACCGCCAUGCGCAAGAUCUUCCCCUUGUCAUCCCUCCGCGAGGCGGGCGAGACGCUCCUCGCGUGCAUCAUGAGGAAUGACCACUCGCUUUUAGCGGAUAACGCGCGUCUUUCAGGGUCUACAGCUCCGGAGGCUGACGAGGAGGGUGGCGAGCGGGCACGGAAUGCCUGGGUCGCGCUGUGUGUGGAUAUUAUUACCGUGUGCGACCCCGAAGCGGUUAGGGUCUUCUGGGCGUGCGAAGAGGACGCGCCGGUGACGAGCCAAAAAGGAACUUGGGGCUGGAAUUGGACGAAGGAGUUCACGAAUGCGGUGUGGAAGACUUUCGUGCAACGAUGGAAGAGGCGCGAGGGCCAUUGGGAGGGAGGGGUCGUGUUGCUUGGUGUGCCAUUCACCGACCGCCAUGCAUGGACCAUCAGCAGCAACGACUUCGUCGUCUGGGAAGACCUGCUCUCCUUCACCAAUAACAAAGCCCUAGACCACGGCAUCGACACCUGUACCGUGCUCGACACCACUGCGUCCUUCGUCUCCUGCUUCCAAACACCCGGCGCCUUGCCUGACGCAUCCACACGGCUCGUCGACCUCCUCUUCUCGCAUCUGGACGCGGCGGACAUGCGCGACGUUCCACUGAACCUCCUCGAGCUCGCCUCGGAGACGAUGCGUGCGACGUACCCGCCUGAGCCGAGGAACAAGCCGGUGAUGAUGUGGCUCGCGAGGUCGUUGAUGACGGUCAUUGAACAUUGUCCGGAGGAGCUUUGCUUGAGGCUUCUGCAGAGCUUACAGGAAGGCCUGUGUUUGUGGCUUGGUGAUGAGUGUAAGGUGUGGACGGAGGAUGAUAUCUUAUAUGAUAUCAUCCCUCUAUACCAACACAUCCUCGUCAGCAUUCAAGUCCUUCCAUCGACGCUUUCAACCCUCAAAGCACUCGGCAGCAUACUCGCCUCCAUCUUCCGUACUCGCGUACCGCCUCUCGCAGCUGAAGCUUUUGUAGAAUACUGGAAACUCGAGUACGCUCAGGUUCCUGCACCCACCGCUGGCUGGCCGGAACCAAUUCGGCACUCGCUACGGUCGGUUGGACUUCUUCCACCAGAAGUCGAUGAGCAGGCCAGCUCGAGUUCGACGGUAUGCCCGAGCACCCCUCUCGCGGCUACUUUCUCUCUGCCCCCAGCUCCUUUCCCUUCGUCUUCAUCUGCUGGUUCUUCAUGCUUCUCGACUCCCACACGCUCGCCGAGCAGCAAACGCGAUCCUCUCUCGCAGAUCCCGUCUCCUCAACGGCCACAAAAGCCCUUCGGUGUCGGUGCCUAUCCAGCCGUACCAUCCUCGCCCGUCUCGCCUCUCCGGAGCAGGAGGAGCAGCACCAGCUCCACAUCCUCUUCUCGCUCUCAUCGACGAGUACCAUUGUCACCUGUACAGCCCCGCCACUCGCCUUUGAAACGCAGACGGCUCAACGCCAAGGACGAAGAAAGCGAUGAGGAGGACAAGGAGAAUUCGAACGCGGACACUCCGAGUCGGAUUAAUGGCCCGAAGUUGGUUUCCGUGGCGGAAAGGAUUGCGCAGAUCCUGAAGCAACCGAAAGGUACUCCGAGCCCGGUGGCGAACGCAAAGAAGCGCCGCUUGGAGGAAGAGAAGGAGGAGGGUGUGAAGGAGACGCCUGUGUCGGCGAAAAGGCUGAAGACGAAGAUGAGGCCCAAGUGCGUGUCGGUGAAGAAGGCGGUUGUACCUGCCACGGUCGCAGUACCUUUCCCUUCCGUUGAGUCCGCUGCAGAGACACAAACGCAAGACGUGCUUUCUGUCGUCCAAUCACGCCCGACGGUGCCUCUACCCAAGAGGAAGCGCGAAGAUGGGAUCAUCGGCGUCUCCGUCGCACCAAAAGUGCAUUCGACGAGCCUCGACGGCCAGGCCAUCACAACGCCGCGGAAGAUCGACCUCACCAAAGUUGCUCGGCUCCGCCGGUCCGUCAGCAUCCCCGAGUCUCUCCUGCUCACCCUCGGGUCUGCCGCCCCACGGAAGAGGAAACGCACAGAGAGCGACAUCGGGCGGAGUAGCGACCAGCCCCUGCCUUCCAUCCAGCAGCUCGCGGACUCGCAACAAGGUCAGCAGACGCCGACGCCCCUUGGCGGGCGGACGAUGACGCUCGGGAAGAGGCACGCCAUUCCAACGGGAAUGUGGCGGACAUGUUCGGCCCCGGUGUCGAUGACCCUCCAACUCUCGGACGAUCUCGCCCAGGACGCGAUGGACGCCCCAACGCCCUCGUCGGAUGAUGACCCGCACCUGGGGCAGGUGACGCCACACCAUCUUAUCUCGCCUGUAAUGCAGCGGAAGGGGUUCGGUGCUGUGAGGACGCCGUCGUUGAAGGGGCUGUUCGGUGAUGACGAUGACGAUGAAGACGUGGAAAUGCCGGGCAGUGAUGACUCCGCUGCGAGUGAUGAUUCUGCUGACAGCAAUGAAUCGGACUCGCCGACGAAGGAGUUCGUGUCGAGGCAGUUGAGGAGGAUGGGUUCGGAGUCGAGGUUCUUCAAGGCUUCGCCUGGUGUUUCGGUUUAG